AUAAAAUUGCCAUCCAGGACUAGGUUUAUCAAGUGAUUUGAUUAGUCGUCAAGGGCAAAUAAAUCAAAAGGCUGUUACAUUCCUUACAACAAAGACCACAUAUUUUUGUGUGUGAAGGAUUAGUUAACUUUUUGUGCUGUUUCCGAAAGUCAGUAUGUCGAAAAUGUUGAAGAUUUUCGAUCUCAAAAACAAAUUAGGGGAGGGACGUUAUGGUAUCGUUUACAAAGGAGACUGGGAUGGAAAAACGGUGGCCAUCAAGCGAAUUAAACUAGAUCAGUGCUGCAAACAAGAAGAAGAAGCCAUGAAAAAACUCGAACAUCCAAAUGUCGUAAAAAUUUUUCACGCCCAGAGUGACGAGAAUUGCAGAUAUUACUGUCUUGAAUUGUGUGAUGGCUCGUUGGACCAAAUGUUAUCUAAAGACAAGGACCCAGAAAAAUUCUUGAAGGCCCACCCAAUGUUAAAACAACUGUGUAAUAUUCUCCAAUUAGCUACUGGCCUGGAAUACAUUCACAAACAGGGACUGAUCCACCGUGAUCUCAAGCCGGAAAACGUUCUAAUUAAAGAAACUUUGAUGAAAUGGGCUGAUUUCGGACUGAGUAAACAAGUGAAUGAAAGAGGAACUUGUUCUAUGAGUGAAAUCAAAUGGACAAGGGAAUGGUUAGCACCAGAAUUAUUGAAACUACUCGUCACCGAAGAAGAAAUAACGCAAAGGGGAACAAUCAAGAGCGAUGUGUUUGCAGAAGGCCUUGUCUUUGGAUAUUAUCUUUCCAAUGGUCUUCAUCCUUUCGGUUCUCGUGAUGAAAUUCACUCUAACAUCCUUAAAAACAAACUAAUUAAUCUAGAUAAAUGUCAACUAUGCGCGUAUGACAUAAUCAAAAGAAUGUUAAAAGAAAAGCCGGAAGAUCGAAUCAAUUCGUCAGAUGUCGUUGAACUACUCUCUGAAAAGAUUGCUAAGCAAACGCAGUUUUUGGAAUUAUGUUCGAGUGAUACCUAUCCUAGUUUGAAGGAUGUCAAAUCCUUACUAGAAAAGGGUGUCGAUGUCAACUUUGUCGAUUUAAGCGGAUGGACUCCCCUUGCAAUUCUGAUAGACAAAAAAAAGGAUGGCGUUAACAAUUUGGUUGAAAUAGUGCGGACCUUCCUAAAAAAUGGCGUUAACCUUAGCCAAACGUUAAAAAAAAUAUCUUACAUUUAUUCUGCAAGAAGUAUCAAGAGGACAAUUUAA